GCAGGUGGGGUCUGCACAAAGAGAACUCCCAGUCUGAUCCUCGUUCACUCGGGUGGAGCCACAGACAGCUCGGUGACCUCCCCCGGUCGCUACUGCUCCGUAUACGCGCCUGUGUAUGUGUGUAUGUACGCGUGUAUGUUUGUGUGUGUGUGUGUUUGUGUGUGUGUGUGUUCGGCCCACCAGACCAUCUGUCAGAGGGUUCAGGUCGAACUGGGACUGGCGUCUCCCUAACGAAGCUGAUUGGAACUGAGUCCACAGCUGCACUCGGGACACAGUGGAGGAGAGGAUUUACUGUAGAAAGUGGAGAUCAGAAAAGGAAGAAGAACCUGUUUUACACUGCGCUGUGAAAAGGACUCCUCCUGCGUGUAGCUUUUGGAGCCGGCCGCGAUGAUUCUGGCCACGUUGAAGGGCGUUGGGAAGCAGCUCCUCCGGGUGAAGGUUGUGGACUGCAACGCGGAGGACUCGCGCCUGUCUCGAUGCCUCAACACGUUUGACCUGGUGGCCCUGGGCGUGGGCAGCACGCUGGGCGCCGGCGUGUACGUGCUCGCCGGCGCCGUGGCCCGGGACAGCGCCGGACCUGCCAUCGUCCUCUCGUUCCUCAUAGCUGCCCUGGCCUCAGUCCUGGCCGGACUGUGCUACGCCGAGUUCGGAGCCCGCGUCCCCAAAACUGGCUCGGCCUACCUCUACAGCUAUGUGACGGUUGGGGAGCUGUGGGCCUUCAUCACGGGCUGGAACCUCAUCCUCUCCUAUGUUAUCGGAACUUCGAGUGUGGCGAGAGCAUGGAGCGCCACCUUUGACGAGCUGAUUGGACAGCACAUCGAGGUUUUCUGCAGACGCUACAUGACCAUGAAGGCCCCGGGCCUCCUGGCAGAGUACCCAGACAUCUUCGCUGUCUUCAUCAUAAUAAUUCUGACAGGACUGCUUGCGUUUGGAGUGAAGGAGUCAGCGAUGGUAAAUAAAGUGUUCACCUGCAUCAAUGUGCUGGUGCUGCUCUUCAUGACCAUCUCUGGCUUCGUCAAAGGAAACCUGAAAAACUGGAACUUGAACCCUGAAGAAAUCCUCAACGGCACCAGCAACUCCAGCCUGAAUAUGUCUGGCUCCUUACCUUCAGAAGAAAGUCUCGGGGAAGGCGGCUUCAUGCCUUUUGGCCUGAGCGGAGUGCUCUCUGGUGCCGCCACCUGUUUUUAUGCCUUCGUAGGCUUUGACUGCAUUGCCACUACAGGAGAAGAAGUGAAGAAUCCUCAGCGGGCCAUUCCCAUCGGGAUCGUGGCCUCACUCCUCAUCUGUUUUGUGGCGUACUUCGGCGUGUCCGCAGCCCUCACCAUGAUGAUGCCCUACUACUUGCUGGAUAAGAACAGCCCCCUGCCUGUGGCCUUUAAGUACGUGGGCUGGGAGGGAGCCACGUACGCCGUGGCCAUUGGCUCUUUAUGUGCCCUGUCGACCAGUCUACUAGGCUCCAUGUUCCCAAUGCCCAGAGUGAUCUGGGCCAUGGCAGAAGAUGGCCUGCUCUUCAAAUGUUUGGCCAGCAUCAGCCCACGAACCAAAACCCCGCUAACAGCUACAGUAACAUCCGGUGUUGUUGCAGCUGUGAUGGCCUUCCUGUUUGACUUGAAGGACCUGGUUGACCUCAUGUCCAUCGGCACUUUGCUGGCCUAUACUCUGGUGGCUGCCUGCGUGCUGGUCCUCAGGUACCAGCCUGAACAGCCCAGUGUGGCCUACGAGAUGGCCAACACUCAGGAUUACGAGUCCUAUAACGAUGGGAACGCUGACAUCCUACCGCAGCCAGAGGAUCGCUUCACCUUCAAGAAUCUACUUACCCCUUCCAACACAGAUCCGUCCCCCCUGUCUGGGUUCGCCGUCAACAUUUGCACCAGCAUACUUGGUGUUUUGGUGUGUGUCUUCAGUGUGGUAGCGGUUCAGGGAGGGCUGGCCCCAUGGUCCCUGUCUGUCCUCUGUGUUCUCAUGGCCGUGUGUCUGAUUGUCACCUUCGUUGUGUGGAGACAGCCGCAGAGCAAGGCCAAGCUGGCCUUCAAGGUUCCACUGCUGCCCUUUGUCCCGGUCACUAGCAUGUUCAUCAACGUCUAUCUGAUGAUGCAGCUCGACAGAGGAACCUGGAUGCGCUUUGCCAUCUGGAUGGUCUUAGGGUUCUGUAUCUACUUUGGCUAUGGUAUUCGCCACAGUGCAGAGGCGGUGUUGACCACGCCAGCCUGCACGAUAAAGGGAGAGCCCAUGGCCACGGAGAAGGAAGCCUUCCUGCACGACACACAGAACGCCACCGGGGAGGACGAGGAAGAGGACGAGGAAGUCUCCUGAGGAAACGGGAGGUUCACUAAUCCUCUCUAUUUCUGUUCUGCUAAACUCUCCAAAAUAGCUGUAGGUCCAGGAGACGUACGGAGACACUUACCCUCCAAUCAGAGCGUUGACUUGUUUCCUUAUUCCAAACACAACUUUGAAUGAAAGUAGAAAGGCUAAUUAGAUGUAAAAGCUAGG